AUGGUUUUUGUUAUUUAAAAUAAAUAACAAUUAAAAUAAAAAUAAAAAUAAAAAACUAAUUAUUUAUAUUUUUAAUAAAAUUAUAUUUUUUAUAAAAUUAAAGAAAAAAAAUCUAAAAAAUAAUAAUUAAAUGUAUAAUUUAGAAAUGAAUUAAAAGAAUGUAAUUUUAUAGAUAAUGAAUAUAUAUUUAAAAUAGAUGGACCAUUUGGUGAACAUAUAAAAUAUCUUGACACACCUAAUAAAAAUAUAAAAUAAAAAUAGAAAAGCUUAAUAAGUAUGUUUUAAUCUGGAUUCUUUACAACAGAUAUGUUAAUAGAAUAUUUAUAUACUCAAAUAAAAGAUUAAGAAAUACAUCAAUAUCUAGUAAAUAAAUUAUAUACAAUUAAACUUUUUGAUUUGGAAUUUUAUAUAGCCGAAAUAGUGUAAAAAAAAUAUAUAUAUAUAAAAAGAAAAUUUAAAGAAAUAAAAAAAAGUUAUUUAGCAAUAUGUAAAUCAUCUGAAUUAUUAGAAAAGUUUUUAGUUGAUUGUUCAUAAAUGAGUUUAUCUUUAUACUUAAAAGUAUAGAUGAAUAAAUAGAAUUUAUAUUAAAAAAUAAAAUUAUAUAAAUAUAUAUUUAUAUAUAUAUUUAUGUAUUUUAUAUAUAUUUAUUUAAAGAUAACUUGGAUUUUAUAAUCAUCUUAAUAUAAUACUAUAUUGAAUUUAUUUAUUAAUAAUUUAAUAAAAAUAUCACUAUAUUUAAAAAGAUUUCCUGAAACUGAAAGAAAAUAAAUAUUAAAAGAGCAUAUUGAAAAAAUAAAUAAUUAUCUUCACCAAAACAGAUGUAAAUAUAAAGGAAUAUCAUAUUUUUAGGGAAUAGUUAUUCCUUUUUCAAAAAAUAAAGACUAAUACUAUAAUUCAAAUACCCUUAUAAGAGUAUUAGAUGAGUCGUUUACAGUUUUUAAUACAAAAAAAAGAGCUCCAUAUAAAAUAGUAAUAGAAACAGUAGAUAUGUAAGAAAUAAAAGAAAAUAUUGAUUUUUUCAUUUAAUUGAUAAAAAAUUAGUAAAAAAACUCCUAAAGUUUAUAAUUUGAAUAGGAAUUUCAAAAUUUAAAUUUAGUAAAGGAAGAAGUUGAAAAAGACUAAGAUAAAUAUAAAGGAUUUGCCAAAUGGGCCGAAAUAAUAUAAAAAGAAGAAAUAAACAAGCAAUAAAAAUUUGAUAUUACGAAAUUUUUUUAAUAAAAAAAAAAUAACAAUAUUGAAUAAUUCACAAUAGAUAAAUUACAUAAAAUGGUAAAGUAGCAAUAAGAAGGAAAAGAUGCAAAUUAUAAUCCAAAUAAAUUCUAAAAAACAUUUAAAAAUUAAUAGAUUAAUUAAUUUUCUUUAUAAGAAUAUAAAAAGCAGGAAAACAUGUAAAAAUAUUAGAGAAAUUUGAGCGUUUUUAAUAAAUGUUUUAAAUAAAAAAAUGAAAUUAUUGAAAAAAGGCAUUCUUUCUGUUUUAAUUAAACUAAAGAAAAAUAAUAAAAAAAUACAAAAAAAUAUAGAAAAAAUCCAGAAGAUUUAAAGAUUUAUGAUGUAAUUGAAUUUUUCGAUUUUCUCAAGUCUAAUUAUUAAGAUAAAAUUUUACAAAUUACAAAUAUUUAUAAUUAUUUACAUUAUGAUAUUAUAGUCUAAAAUUUUUAUUAAUAAAAUCCCCAAAAAAAUAUCCUAGAAAUACAGUUCCCUAGAAAGUUCGGACCCUGGGAGGAUAUAUGGGAUGAUAAAUAUAAAGAAUUAAAAUAAAAAUCGCCCUUUAAAUUCAUGAAAAGCUAUAAAUUGAGACCUUUAAUAGUAAAAGGUGGUGAUGAUUUAAGAUAAGAACUAAUCGCAAUGUAAUUAAUAAGUAAAUUUAAAUAAAUUUUUGAUGAAGCUAGAAUUCCUUUAUAUUUAAGACCUUAUGAAAUAAUUGUUGUUUCUGAAAGUUCAGGAUUUAUAGAAUUUUUACCAAAUACUUUAAGCAUUGAUGCUAUAAAAAAAAAUGUGCCAAAUUUUAAAAAUUUAUAUGAGUUUUUUUUAAAAACUUUUAAAGAAAACUUUGAAGAAGCUUAAAAAAAAUUCAUCGAAAGUUUAGCUGGAUAUUCCAUUAUUUGUUAUCUAUUAUAAAUUAAAGAUAGACAUAAUGGAAACAUACUAAUUGAUAAUUAAGGCCAUAUUAUUCAUAUUGAUUUUGGUUUUAUUUUGUCUACAAGCCCAGGAAAUGUCAAAUUUGAAACUGCUCAUUUUAAAUUAAUUAAUGAAUAUGUAUAAUUAAUGCAUGGUAGAGAUUCUGAAUAAUUUGGUUAUUAUAAAACUUUAAUGGUCAGGGGAUUUAUGGAGUUAAAAAAACAUACGAAAUCAUUUGUUAAUAUAAUAUAAAUUAUGAUGGAAUAAUCUAAUUUAUAAUGUUUUUCUGAAUUUGAUAUAGUUUAAUUUAAAGAAAGAUUUGGUGAGAAAUUUACUGAUAAGGAAUUUAUCGAAUAUGUAGAUAGAUUAAUUGAUUUUAGUUGUAAUAGAUGGAGCACUAAUUAAUAUGAUAAAUUUUAAUUAUUAACUAAUGGUAUAUGUAUUUGA